GCACUAGGCCAAAGCCAUGUCGGCUGGCCCUCCGCCCCAGAACCACCCUCCUCCGCCGUGGGAAGUCGUCCUCCUCGUCUCUCACCACCUCGACCCCAAAACCCUGGCGGUCGCCUCCUGCGUCUGCAAGUCGUGGUGCGCCUCCAUGUCCUCAGACAACCUCUGGAAACCCGUGUGCGCCUCCCACUUCCCUUCUCUCUCCGCCCUCCAGUCCACACAUCCCGCCCUCCCCUACCGCCGCCUCUAUGCCCUCGGCCUUGCCGCCGCCAGGUGCCGAGCACGUGCCCCCGCAAAGCCCCACCUGUCCCUUGAUGACCUCACGUUCGUCGUCGACGUGUGGUCCCAGGACCUCCACAUCACCACCAUGUCGAAGCCGGGGGAUGAGAUCGCGCCUGACCCGAACAGGCUGUUCCGGUUCGAGCUCGUUGCCGAUGAGGAGCGCCUGUCGGCAAUGGAGAUCAUGGACCACGUGAGGAUCACGUGGAUUGUGGCGCUGAGAGGGUGGAAGGCGGUGUUCACGAUGAUGGAGUGCGAAGGGAAGGCAAGCUUCAUUCCCGGGGCCGAGGGUUGGUUCUCGCAGGAGCUGCCGUCGCCAGAGUGCUGCUCAAGCGCCACCGCCAGCGGGCUCGUGGCGGACUUGAAGUUAGGGUUUGGUAGCAGGAAUGUGACGGGGGGGAGAAUCAAGGUCGAGAGAGUAAGCGUGGGAAUUCUGAGUAUGUCGCGAUGGAGGUACGCAAGUAUGGAGGAUGGUUUGAGGUACUUGCAGAACUUUCUAGCUUGACGUAGGAAUGUGAAAGUUUUUAUGUCGGUUGAUAACGUGGAAAGGGAGGAUAUCUCUCUUUGUUGUUUUUGUCGUUAUUGUGAGUAAAAAUUGAAAAAAAAAUCUAAUUAUUCUCAGGCAAAAUGGAUUUG